GCCGUCCCGGUGCCAGUGCCCGGCCCUGACCCCGCGCCAUGAAGUGCAUCGUCACUGGCGGUAACGUCAAAGUCCUCGGCCGAGCCGUGCACUCCCUGUCCCGCAUCGGGGACGAGCUCUACCUGGAGCCCACCGAGAGCGGGCUGUCCCUGCGCACCGUCAACUCCUCGCGCUCAGCCUUCGCCUCCUUCCUCUUCGCGCCACUCUUCUUCCAGCUGUACCAGCCGGGCGGCCCCCAGCCCGACGGAGAGCUCCUCCGAUGCAAAGUCCACAUGAAGUCCUUCCUGAGCGUCUUCCGCUCGCUGCCCUCGCUGGAGAAGACGGUGGGGAAAUGCCUCAUCCUGCUCAAACCCCGAGCCAACCGCUUGGUCGUGCAGCUCCACUGCAAAUACGGCGUCACCAAGACCCACAACCUGGCUUUCCAGGAGUGCGAGCGGCUGCAGGCCGUCUUCGACACCCAGCGCUGCGCCAACAGCCUCUGCGCCCCGGCACGGGUGCUGGCGGAGGCCGUGGUUCACUUCCCCCAGACGCUGGCUGAGGUGACGCUGGGGGCUGGCCCCGGGGGCAAGAUCAGCCUCCGAAACUACGUGGAGGAGGAGGCGGAGCCGAGGAAGACGAUGGUGACAGAGCUGUGGCUGGCUGAGGACGAGUUCCAGACGGCGGCCGUGGCCCCGGGCUCCCGCAUCACCUUCUGCCUCAAGGAGUUUCGUGGGCUGCUGACCUUCGCCGAGGCCUCCAACCUGCCCCUCACCAUCCAUUACGACGUGCCCGGCAGGCCGAUGGUCUUCACCCUGGAUGAUGCCGUGCUGGAGGUCCACCUGGUGCUGGCCACCCUCUCGGAUCCGGAAAAUGACUUGCAGCCCCCCACAACCAACGGCGUGUCCCACCUGCCCGCCCCAUCAGAUGACUUCGCCGAUGACCUCGAGGCCUACAUGAUUGCCAUGGAAACCAGCACCUACGAGGAGGGUUCAGGGGUGCCCCCCAGCCCCACCUUCCCCCUGCGCACCCCACAUCCAGCCAAAAGCGACCCCGAGGAGGAGGAAGAGGAAGAGGAAGAAGAGGAAGGAGCUGUGCCAGGGACCCCCCCUCACAAGAAGUUUCGCUCCCUGUUUUUUGGCUCGGUGCUGACGCCGGGGGGGCCCGGCCCAGCCCCCACCCAGGAGGUGCUGGCAGAGGACAGCGAUGGUGACUACUGAGAGCCCCGAGAGCGCAGCAGAGCUGACAG